AUGAAUUUCAAAACUGUUCUAUUUUUUGUUUUCAUCGUCGGAUACGUCACUGCGUGUCUCGAUUAUUGUCCAGAGGAGUGUAUUGAUAGUGGGUGCAACCUGUGGGUCUGUGAAUCCGAGUUCGAUUGCUUCUGUGAUGACUGUGACUGGUACGGUGGACAACUUGCACUGAGUGAAUUGGCGCGGGUGAAGAAGGAUGUGAUCAGAGCAAAACUUAAUACGAAGAAAUAA